CAGCGCCGUUGGGGUAGGCAGGAGAAGAGGGCCGGCCGAAGGUGACGCGGUGGCUGCGGAGGUGUGGGGCUCCGCGGCACUCCGAGCGGUGGAUGGCGGCGGGAUGGAGCGCGAGGGGAGCGGCGGUGGCGGCGGCGGCGGGUCAGCCGGGCUCCUGCAGCAGAUCCUCAGCCUGAAGCUCGUGCCGCGGGUGGGCAACGGGACCCUGUGCCCCAACUCCACUUCGCUCUGCUCCUUCCCAGAGAUGUGGUAUGGCGUGUUCCUGUGGGCACUGGUAUCUUCUGUCUUCUUUCAUGUCCCCGCUGGAUUACUGGCCCUCUUCACCCUCAGACAUCACAAAUAUGGUAGGUUCAUGUCUGUAAGCAUCCUGCUGAUGGGCAUCGUGGGACCAAUUACUGCUGGAACCUUGACAAGUGCAGCAAUUGCUGGGGUUUACCGAGCAGCCGGGAAGGAGAUGAUCCCCUUUGAAGCCCUCACCUUGGGCACUGGGCAGACGUUCUGUGUACUGGUGGUCUCUUUUUUACGGGUUUUAGCUACGCUAUAGCAUAUGAGUGACAUCACUGUGAUGUCACACCUGCGUUUC